AAAACGCUCAUUCUAAAAAAUAACUCUCCCCCCUCUAGAGUUGCACGUUUUGUCUAACAAUUGGUAUCGGAGAAGGAAAUUCUUCGAAACACAUCUUAUUUUUCACGAUCUCAAAGAUCAAUGGCUUCUAGAAUGUUAAAUGCAGGAGUAAACGAGGGUCAAUCCACCACGAGGCCACCGUUGUUUGAUAGAAAAAACUACUCGUAUUGGAAGGAAAGGAUAAGGAUCUUCAUUCAAUCCAAUGACUAUAAGUUGUGGUUGAUUGUGAAGAAUGGCUGCAACGUUCCUAUGAAGAAAGUCGGAGAAGUCGACUUUCCUAAAAUCGAAGAGGAAUACACUGACGAAGAUUGCAAGAAGAUGGAGCUCAACGCUAAAGCAAUAAGCAUGAUUUAUUGUGGUGUUAAUGCGGAUGACUACCGCAAGAUGUCGCGGCGUGAGACCGCAAAGCAAAUGUGGGAGAAGUUGGAGAUCACCUACGAAGGAACCGAUCAAAUUAGAGAGGCAAAGAUCGACCAACUCACCCACGAGUACGAAUUUUUUUCAAUGAAGAAAAAUAAGAAGAAAGAGGAUAUGUUUGAGAGAUUCUCUAACAUCAUCAAUCCUUUAAAUUUUCUCGGGAAAGUCUACACCGACUGGGAACUAGUGAGAAAGGUGCUUCAGAGCUUGACACCGAAGUGGCAUUCAAAGGUGGACGCUAUCGGAGAAGGUCGUGACUUUCAAACAGCUACUUAUGACUCUCUUCGAGGUAACCUUAUUACCUAUGAAACCACUCAACUAUUUAAAGUGGUUGAAGAGAAGAGCAAGAGAACUAUUGCUCUAGCUGCGUCAACGUCAAACAACGACAACAACGUUGGCGAAGAUGAUGAUAGCGACGACACCGACCUCGGGCUCUUCGUCCGAAGAUUCAAGAAGAUGGUUAUGAAGAGGAGAUCCAAGAAGAACACUCCACUCAAAUGCUAUGGGUGUGGUGAAACAGGACACAUAAAACCAAUAAAACCAAUGUGUCUUAAGCUCAAAAACGAGAAGGACAAUAAGGCACCGAAGAAGCAAUGGGCCUAUAUCUCGUGGGAGAACGAUGGCUCCGGGAGUGAAGACUCGGACGUGGAGGAAAUGCCCAACAUAUGUCUCAUGGCCCUUGAAGAAGAAGAAUCAUCAAAAGAGGUGUGCUUGAAGGCUUCGAGUUCCUCUUGGUAUCUCGAUAGCAGAUGCUCCAAGCACAUGACCAAAGACGCAUCCAAAUUUAGAAACAUAAAUUAUUUCAAAGGUGGCAAUGUUGUUUUUGGUGACAACAACAAGGGAAGGAUCGUUGGAAGUGGCGCCGUUAGAAAGGACAAUGCUAUGACUAUUGAAAACAUUUUUCUUAUUGAGGGCCUCUAGAACAACUGUGUCAUCUUUGAUUUUAGUAAAUGCAUUCUAGAACGCUUGUGUGACAAUAAUAUUAUUCUUUAUGCUUAUACACCCCACACACAACCAUUUUUGUUCCUAUGGGAGAACAACAACAAAAAAGAAAAGAAAUUUGUGUAGCAUACAUGUUGGCGUAUGCAACUUUGGUGUUCAAAAAGCAAAAGCAUUUCCCUGCAAUACGAGGGAAACCAGGAAAUCAUAUCAGGUGAUUCAUACCCAACUGCAACAUCAUUUCUCACUUCAAUUCAUAUGAAAAAAAGGGGUUAAAGACAA